CGUUGGGAGUAACUUUUGAGUACAAGACAAAUGUCACAAGGACUCGUUCUUUUUCAUUUGAAAGUGUUUCUAAUAACUUGAUUACAUUCUAAGAAAAUUUGUAAAUGAAUUAUGCUGGAGAAUAUAUUCAAUGUGAUGAGUUUAGAAAACAUACGGAGUAUGAAAUAACGUACUCUGUAUGAGUUUCAUGAAGGUGAGACAAAUGUCGUGGCAAGCGAAUUCAAAAGAGACCGUGGCACCUUGUAUGGGAUCCUAGGGCAACACUUCCGAUCUGUAGUUUAACAAUCAUAUCGUAAACAUAACAAUAUUUAACUGCUAAAUGUUUUGAACAAAUACACUGUUCACACAGUACCUUUUUAACUCAUGGUAGAGUGGAAGGUCUUGGUCCAAAAAUACUUCUGAAGAUUUAGGGAGCAUUUAAAGAGUAUGUGAAAGUGGAAGUAAAUUGACAUUAAUUUGUGCAGAAAUUGAAGAUUUAAAAAAAAAAAUAGACCGCGGGUAAAAUUGAUAUUUCAGCCCCUUAAAACCAGAUACGGUGUGCAGCUUCCUAGGUGUCCCUCCUCUUCAUCGCCGAAACUAGUCUGCAUCCCGGUCGGUGUCACCAAAUGAAGCAACCACAUUAUCAAUAGUUGGUACCUGUCAUCAAAUAUGGUUUGCGCCGUCGGUCGCUGCGACAGAGGUAGCUGUUGGCUGUGGAUGAGGGUUGGCUGGCUGAUGGGUGCUGCUACUGUGCCGGAUCAGGUAAUUUGAAUCCGAGACACAGGGAUUAGCUUUGAAGGCAAAGCUUCAAAAAAACGUAACACCCCGCGACCAAGGCGGAGAGGGCACGGUGAGCAUAGUUUCCAACUAUUCCGCUAGGAUUUUAGGAUAAGCAAGCAGGGGCAAUUCUGAACUAAAAAAAAAAGAACUCAAAGAACUAUUUGUGUCUUGUAAAAUUUACUCCAAUCGGCAGGGUUUUCUUUUGGAUAAAAUAGUCAAAUUGUUGCUCCCGAGAAUCGAUCCUGAGAUUUUGAACUUAACACUUCUCCUUUCAACCAUCUAAACUACACAUGUAGGCUGUCUUUCUAGAGUUUUUGUAAAGUUAAUAACAUGAAGAAAAAAAUAAGAGUAUAAAAUCUUUCAUUAAAAUGUGAUCAAAUUAAGAAGUUUCAUCUUCCCUUUUGACUUGCUUCAUUUCUAGCUGACAUGCUCUUCUACAAAACACACAAAAAACCAUUAAAAAACAAUGGCAUGUCAAAGAAUCAAAGAAAACAUUAUUUCCUAAAUACCAUAGUUUUAAAAGGGGAGCGCCUACGCCUAAGGCACCUCAUGGUGGUCAAGCGAGGUGAGGUUCGUAAGGCGCGCCUGAAUCAAACACCUUUCUCGCCUCUACCAUCGGUUCAAGUGAACGACUUUGACCCUUAAUACUAAUCCUAGCGAUUUGCCUCACAAGUCUCAUUCUUACCCAUUGCUUUUCAUAUGUGUCUAAUCCACAUCACUCAGUCAUCUUCCAUUCCUCUUUUGUUUGUGUCGAAUGUACGCGGGUUAGCGCAUCAUUCUCCCUCCAUUUUACUUCGCACACUUGUAGAUUUAAGGUUCGUUUCUUUGGGGAAAAUACUUUCCCUAAAUAUUAGAUUUCUAAUUUCCUACAUUUGGUAACAUAGGUGUUAGGAAAUAAAACUUUUUUUAGAAAAAAACAUUUUCUUUCAAAGAUUGGAAAAUAAUAAAUACUCCCUCCGUCCUGGAGUAUUCGUCCAGUUUUGACUUUUGGAACUGUUCAUCUAAGCACUUUGGCUCAUCAAAUUCUCUCAAUGUGUAAGCCUAAAUAUAGUCAUGUGUGAUCUUGUUUGAUUUGUCUUAACAUAUAGAUUAUUAAUAUAUAAUUUCUAUAAUUUUUUAAUAUACAAAUUACAAGAUAAAAUUGAUUAAAGAAGUGUAUUGGAUGGUGUGUAAAAAUAAAAAUGGACAAAUACUCUGGGACGGAGGUAGUAUUUACUUACGAGAGAAUUCAUUUUCCCAUGGUCAAUCAUCACCCUUAUUUCCUCUUAAGAAAUACUUUGUCCACGAAUUAAAUAUAGUUUAAAAAUACUAAAUAUUAUAAAAAUUCGAUAUUUCAAAAUUAUAUUCUAAAAUAAACCAAAUUCUACUAAAUUUACAUUAUAACUAAAUAUAUUUUUUCGAGUUUUUCCACAAUUUGCGGUAAAGAGUAACAUAGUUUGAACAAAAAAGUUAAACUCUGGCAAUCUUUUAAGGACAGAGGCAGUAAUAUUUUUCUUCCUAAAAAACAAUGGAAAAUAAUUAUUUAAAUGGGAUGAAGGUAUUGUUUUAUACUCCCUUUGUCCAAGUUGAAACUUCUCGUUUUGACUUGGCACGGGUUUUAAUGUAAAAUGAAAAAUGAGGAGACUU